AUGAGAGAAGACCAAGGACUUCUUCCUCACUGGAAACCUCCUAUCACGAUGCCCCUCGACUACGACGGCGAGGUUGUGCAAGAAGCAGUGGAUUUGCUUGCCGACGAGGAGCGGAUACGGCACGAGGGAAAGAAGGUUCUGUCUCUCGAGUCUGAUGGGUUGGAAAUCGUCGAUGACGAAGAAGAGAUAAGCGCAGACGACGACGACGACGACGACGACGUGCUUAUUGGAGACGUUAUUGAAGUCUGUCAGACGCCUUUUUGGGUGCCUAAAGAGGAGGAAAGCUCAUAG